AUGCUCUCGGGGGCCGGCUCCCAGGCACAGGGCCCGGACCCCGGCAGCCCCAGGCAGGAUGGCCGCAGCUCCGUCUUGGAGCCCGCGGCCGAAGCCCCCAGGAAGGAAGCCUGCGGAGAGGGCCUUCGAAGCCGCAAACCAAGUCCCGCUCCGGGCCGGAACCCCGAGGGCCGGGCGGCCUGGCGAGGCCGGGAGGACACGCGGGCACCACCUGGCCGGCUGCCCGCCCCCGAGCCCCCAGGCACCGGCAGCAGUGGGGCUGCCAGGGGCCCCCUUGCCCGGCUGGGCCGCCGACGGGAGGCCAGGCUGCCCUUCUCCAGGUUCUUGGAUGAGGUCACCGCACGAGUGCUGGACCCCGGGACCUUGGAGGCCUUCCGGGGGCCCAGGGGCCACAGCCCGGAGCCCUCCCGGGGGGAGCAAGGCCCAGGCCCAGCCCCGGAGCCCCUCAAAGGAGCUGCGGCCCCAGAGAAGACCCUGGCCCUGAGUCCCUCGCCAGCCUCAGAGGGAGCCCCUGAGGCUCCGAGCCGAGUGGGGCCGGGCCUGGCUGCGGAGACCAGUGGGGCCCGAGCGGGCAGCGGCAGGUGUGGAGGCCAAGCUGCCUCCCCCUGGAGGCCUCCAAGCCGGGGUGGGCUUGCAGUAGGUGCCACUGAGGGCUGCGGGAGCAACUGGCAUUGUGGUCUCGAGCCGCCAGCUCAUGAAGAGGCUUCCUGGAGACUGGCCACCUGCUGGAACCCACUCGGUGCCUCCAGGAUUACUGUCAGGCUGCGCAGCCCCUGGGUGCCCUCGUGCCUCGGGCAGCCCCGCAUCCUGCAGGGCCGGCUGGCCAGGUCCUCGCCCUCGCUCUGGGACAGCGCGCUGCAGGAGCAGAAGGGCGAGCUGCGCAAGCGGCUGUCCUACACCACGCACAAGCUGGAGAAGCUCGAGACGGAGUUCGACUCCACGCGCCACUACCUGGAGAUCGAGCUGCGGCGAGCGCAGGAGGAGCUGGAGAAGGUCACGGAGAAGCUGCGCAGGAUCCAGAGCAACUACCUGGCAUUGCAGCGAAUCAACCAGGAGCUGGAGGACAAGCUGUACCGCAUGGGCCAGCACUAUGAGGAAGAGAAGCGCGCGCUGAGCCACGAGAUUGUUGCCCUCAACAGCCACCUGCUGGAGGCCAAGGUGACCAUUGACAAGCUGUCGGAGGACAAUGCGCUCUAUAGGAAGGACUGCAAUCUAGCGGCCCAGCUGCUGCAGUGCAGCCAGACCUACGGCAGGGGCCACAAGGUGUCCGAGCUGCCCUCCGACUUCCAGGAGCGCGUGAGCCUGCACCUGGAGGAGCACGGCUGCGGCCUGCCCUCCCCGCUCUGCCACCCGGCCUAUGCCGAUAGCGUGCCCAGCUGCGUCAUCGCCAAGGUGCUGGAGAAGCCCGACCCCUCCAGCCUGUCGUCCCGCCUGUCCGACGCCUCGGCCCGCGACCUGGCCUUCCGGGAGGGCGGGGAGAAGCCGGGCCCGCGGCCCCCCUACAAGGGGGACAUCUACUGCAGCGACACGGCCCUCUACUGCCCCGAGGAGCGGCGGCGCACCCGGCGGCCCAGCGGGGACGCGUCUGUGACCGACGUGGGCUUCCUGCGGGGCCAGAACUCCACCGACAGCGCGGCCGAGGAGGAGGAGGAGGCCGAGGCGGCCGCCUUCCCCGCGGGCUUCCGGCACGACGCCUUCCCGGGCUACGCGGCCUCGCUGCCCACGUCCAGCUCCUACUCCAGCUUCAGCGCCACGUCGGAGGAGAAGGAUCCCGAGUGGGGCCGGUGCUCGUCCCCCAGCGUCCCGCUCCCCAGCACCACCUCGCUCUACCUCAGAUGUAAUGAGGCCCUCGGACCCCCAGCCCCUGUGGCUUGCUCCCCCGCUGUCUGCAAUGCAUGCCCUGUCUCGUCCCCCUCCCCCUGCACUGAGUCCCACUGCAUCCUCAGUGAGGCCCCCACUGGGCACCCCCCACCCCCCACCAAUUCCAGCACACUGCCCCACCCACAGCCAGGGCCGGGCUCUGCCGCUCUCGCUGGCCAUGUGCCCUUGGGCCACUCUCCCCUUCUGGAGCCUCGGGACGCUGAUGGGAUUCCCAGGGGUUCUCUCGACAGUGGGCAGUGGACCGUGGGGGAGAGCGCGGACUUCGACUCAGUCCUCCGAGCCGCAGUCCUCAGCUGGACAGUGGGUCGGGCCACCUAG